AUGUCCGCCUCCAACAACGACAUCAAGGCGGCGGAUUCGACCUCGGAGAGAGCCGAGAACAUCCAGCAUGUCGACAAGAGCGAGAUUAGCGGCACGAUGAUGCCCGAAGAUCUGGCUGUUCUCUCAGACGAUGAACGAGCAAAGCUCGGCAAGCGAGCCACCUUCAAGAUGGACAUGGUAAUCAUGCCAGUCCUCGUCAUCAUGUACAUCUUGAACUACCUUGAUCGCCAAAACAUCGCCAGUGCCAAGCUUGCUGGCAUUGAAAAGGACCUGCAUAUGUCUCCCGUUGACUACCAGACUGCUGUGAGCAUUCUGUUCUGCAGUUACAUCUUGUUCCAAGUACCGUCGAACAUGAUUGCGAGCAGAAUCCAAUGGCCUGGCAUUUACAUCUGUCUCAGCAUGGCUCUUUGGGGAGGCAUCUCGGCAGUCAUGGCCUCCGUCCACAACUUUGCCGGACUCAUUGUUGCCCGUAUCUUCCUGGGAGCCGUCGAAGCUGUGUUCUUCCCCGGCGCCAUUUACUUCCUCUCCCUUUUCUACAACCGCAAGCAGUUUGCUCUCCGCAUGGCUAUCCUCUUCAGCGGAUCCCAGCUGGGCAAUGCCUUUGGUGGCCUGUUCGCUAUUGGUAUCCUGAAGCUUGAUGGCGCUCAUGGAAUCGCGGGAUGGCGAUGGCUGUUCCUUGUCGAGGGCGUUGCCACCGUCGGUCUUGCCGCCAUCUUCGCGCUCAUCCUCCCCAAUUCGAACAAGAAGAUUCUCGGGCUCUCCAAGAUCGAGUGCGACUGGGUCCAAUGGAACUACGCCGUCGACCUGGGCCAGUCCGAUGACUCGCGCGAGAUCACCCCGAUGCAAGGCUUGGUGAUGGCAGUCAAGGAUAUCAAGACCUGGCUCUUCAUUGGCGUUCUCUAUUGCGGCAACUCGUUGACCACAGCAUCACAACAGACUUACAUCGUCGGCGCCGUCUCCAACUUCUUCCCCAGCGUGGUCGGCGGCCUGGGCUACAGCCGCAACAUGACCUACCUGCUGACGGCGCCGCCCUUCCUGCUGUGCGUCAUCUGCAUGCUCGCCAACGGCUUCCACUCGGACCACACGCGCGAGCGCUCCAUCCACGUCGUCGCGCCGCUCUGCAUCACCCUGGCCGCCAACGUCAUCGCCGUCUCGACGCUCAACAUCGCCGCCCGCUACGUCGCCAUCAUGCUGCUGCCCGCGUCCUUCUACGCGUCCACCAUCGUGACCCUGUCCUGGAUCACGGGCUCCCUCUCGCAGCCGGCCGCCAAGCGCGCCAGCGCCAUCGCCUUCAUCAACGCCGUCUGCAACACGCCCAACAUCUGGUGCAGCUACCUCUACUACAGCUCGCCACGCUACCUGACGGCCUUCAUCGUCAACGUCGUCGCCACCGGCCUGGCCAUUGUCUUCGCCGUCGCCGCGAGGAUCUACCUGCGCCGCCAGAACGCCAAGCUCGAUCGUGGCGAGGACGGAGGGAAGCACGGGCCUACGGCGGCACAGGUUGCGUCUGGUUUCCGGUACAUGUUGUAG